GAGGAAACCUCGGCGUCCGAAAGUAGGUGUGGGCAACGAUUAGCGGCAAACGGCACUAAAAAUGACCUUAAAUUAAAUCUUAACAAGCAAAGCAGUCUUCAGUGCAUCUUCCAUGUUGCAGGAAAACUAAAGUCGGUGACGGUGUGUGUGUGGAGAUGGAGGAGCGGGCUCGCAGCUGUCUGCUGCGCUCCAGAGCUACUCUGGAGCAGGAUAUAAAGGCCUCCUACCUCAUGGACCACAUGAUCAGUGACGGGGUCCUCACGGGGGUUGAGGAGGAGAGGGUACUUAGCAAGCCCACCAGAAGGGAACAGGCAGCGGCGCUACUAGAGGUCCUCCUGUGGAAAGACAACAGAGCCUACAUCUCCUUCUACAAUGCCCUUAUUAGAGAGAGCUAUGGAGACCUGGCCAGUCUGCUUCACAAUGACCUACCACAGCUUAGCCCCGAGGGUGAAAAGAGCUACUCCAAUGGAAUCUCUCCCACUGUGCAGGCUAUUCUGAGUGAAGGCGGGGUGCCCCAGAGGCCUGUGGUUUUUGUGAACCGUCCUGCUCUGCUUAACAAGGUCCGGGAGAAGCUGUACAAGCUGCAGAAUGCGGUGGGCUGGGUCACUGUGUUUGGCAUGGCUGGUUCAGGGAAGUCUGUGCUGGCUGCAGAGUCAGUGAAAGACCACACUCUAAUCAAAGAGUGCUUUCCCGAUGGCAUUCAUUGGCUGUCUGUGGGGCAGUGUGAGAGAGCAGAUCUGCUGGUUAGGUUGCAGUCUCUGUGUUUUAGGUUGGAGCAGAGUCAAGUUUCAGAAGCGCCCUUGAGGCCCCCCAGUUCGCUUGAGGAGGCCAAAGAGCGCCUGCGCUUCCUCAUGCUCCGCCGGUUUCCCAGGGCUCUCCUGAUACUGGAUGAUGUGUGGGACAGCUACACUCUCAGGGCUUUUGAUAUCCAGUGUCGAGUCCUCUUGACCACUCGGAACCGGAGUCUGACUGACUCUGUGAGUGGUCAGAGGUUCAGUGUGCCUGUGGAGAGUGGUCUGGAUGAAGAGAAGGCUUUGGAAAUUCUUGCACUAUAUGUAAACGGGAAGCUUCACAAUCUUCCAGAACAGGCUCGCAGCAUAGUGAAAGAAUGCAAAGGCUCUCCUCUGGUGGUAUCUUUGAUUGGUGCUCUGUUGAGAGAGUUUCCUGAGCGCUGGGGCUACUACCUGCGGCAGCUGCAGAAGAAGCAGUUCCAGCGGAUACGCAAGUCUUCCUCAUAUGAUUACGAAGCUCUGGAUCAGGCCAUGGAUGCCAGUCUGCAGGUCCUGAAAAAAGAACACCGUGAGCUGUACAAAGACCUGAGUGUACUGGAGAAAGACGUCAAAGUGCCUGCCAAGGUGCUGUCUGUGCUGUGGGGCAAAGAGCUGGAGGACGUAGAGGAUGUCCUGCAGGAGUUUGUGAAUAAGUCUUUGCUGUUUCGAGACUGUAACCAGAGGCCAUAUCUCUACUACCUCCACGACUUACAGCUCGACUUCCUUACCGAGCAAAACCGCAGUCAGCUAGCGGAGCUGCACAGUAAAGUGAUCCGGCAGUAUCAGCAGGCGUACAGCAAAGGUCUACCCACUUCAGUGGAUGUGGAGUGCUUAUAUUGGUACAGAUUUCUUCCACAUCACAUGGCCCGAGCCGGUCUGUCCAAGGAGCUGUAUUCUCUGAUGUUUUCACUGGACUGGGUAAAAAAUAAGGCCCAGAUAAUGGGAUCUGCUCACUUAAUCAACGACUACGUGGAGUAUGGUGCAAUUCUUGACCAAGAGAACAGUGAGGUGAGGCUACAGUUUCAGGAGUUUCUUUCGCUGAACGGUCAUCAGUUGGAGCAGAGGCCCUUCCCUGAUGUGGUGCAGCUGGCCCUCUCCCAGCCUCACAGCUCAGAAGUAUAUAAGCAGGCCUUACUGCAGGCGAAGGAAAGGGCUAACAGGGGACAGCUCUACCUGGACUGGGUGAACAAGAGUAAUCAGGAGAGUCUGUCACGACUGGUGCUCCACCCUCACCAGAACUCUGUGUACUACGCCUGCUUUUCUAGAGACGGGAGCAAGAUUGCCUCCUGUGGGGCUAGCAAAACACUACGGGUGUUUAAGAGUACCUCUGGGGAGAAGCUCCAGGAGAUCUUGGCUCAUGAUGAUGAAGUUCUGUGUUGUGCCUUUUCCCCUGAUGACCGUCACAUAGCAACCUGCUCCAGUGACAGAAAGGUUAAGGUGUGGAAUGUAGAAAAAGGCACUCUGUUGCGUGUGUUUGAGGAUGAGCAUGAAGAGCAGAUCAACCAUUGCCAGUUCACUAACACAAACCGGCGUGUCUUGCUGGCGACCUGCUCCAAUGACAAAAUCACCAACACCAAGCUAUGGAACCUUAACAAGCCAACUUCUCAGAACACCAUGUUUGGACACAUGGAACCAGUGAAUCACUGCUGCUUCUCGCCAGAUGACACCUACCUUGCCACUUCAUCCAAUGAUGGCACUCUGAAGCUUUUUGAAGUGCAGUCUGCAAACGAGUGGAAAUCCAUCGACAUCAACAGCUUCUUUCCAGAUAAUGAUGACGAAACAGGUGUUAUGGUGAAGUGCAGCACGUGGUCAGCAGACGGCGCUCGCAUCUUCUGUGCUGCAAAGAAUACCGUUUUUAUGUUUGACGUAGAAACACAGGACAUGAUGCUGGAGAUCCGAACGAGUCGUCUGAGCACAGUACAGUACUGCCAGGCCUGUCCUAACAGCCAGCUGUUGGCCCUAGCACUGUCCCACUACACUGUGGAGCUGUGGGACUUUGAGGCUAAUAAGAGGAUGGCUGAAUGCAGUGGUCACCUGAGCUGGGUUCCCUGUGUGCAGUUUUCUCCUAAAGGCUCCCUCCUCCUGUCAUCCUCCGAUGAUCAGACCAUCAGACUGUGGGAGACAGAGCGUGUGCACACAUCUUCAGCUGUGGCUCUGAAGAGGGACUUUGAUGUUGUCUUCAAUCAGGAUGACAUCACAGUGGUGGCAGCUGACAGCAAGAAUAGGUUACAGGUGCGUUCCGGGGUGACGGGUUCGCUGGAGUUUGAGUCUGUGAAGCAGAAGUCGAGGAUUCGCUGCAUGUGUAUUUGCAGGCAGGCUCCUGCUGUGGCUCUGGGGACGGAGGAUGGCACGGUGCAGGCAGGAAAAAUGAGUGCUAGGCAGGUCCUGAGGAGGAUCGGUUUGAAAGCUCUGCAGCUGCUAAACCUUCAGCAGACAUCAGUGCUGGCACUAGGCUUAGAGCUAGGCACAGUGCAGGUGCUUGAGGUUCCUUCUGGUAAUAUUUUAGCUACACUGCUUGGUCACACCAAAACUGUCCACCACUGUCUCUUCACUGAGGACGGACAAACUCUGAUCACAUCCUCAGAAGAUACUACAGUGAGGGUGUGGAGGUGGAGGACAGGUGAGUGCCUGGUGUUAAAAGGACAUAAGGAGCCAGUCAGGAAGUUUCAUCUUGUCGGUUUCUCCUCUUCCUCACCUGCUCUCUUAUCCUGGUCAUUUGAUGGCACUGCCAAGGUGUGGGAAUUGAGCUCUGGAAAGAAGCUGCAGGAUCUAGAGUGCCAUCAUGGUGCUGUGCUGUCAGCUGACAUUUCUCUCGAUGGACAAGUCUUCUCCACCGCAUCAGCAGACAAGACGGCUAAGGUGUGGAGCUGUACUUCAUGGGAGAUGGUGUUCCUCUUGAAAGGCCACAAAGCCUGUGUCCGCAGCUGCCGUUUCUCAUGGGACGGCAAGCGGCUCGCUACUGGUGAUGACAAUGGAGAGAUCAGGUUGUGGAACAUGCUGAAUGGAUCUCUACUGAAGAUCUGUUCCCGUGAGAGUAAGGACUCUAUGGACUCUUUUCAUGGCGGCUGGGUGACUGACCUGCACUUCUCUCCUGAUAACAAAGUCCUUGUGUCGACUGGAGGAUACAUUAAGUGGUGGAGUGUGGAGAGAGGAGAAGCCCUGCAGACGUUCUACACCACAGGGGCCAAUCUGAAGCGCAUCCACGUCUCACCUGACUUCAAAUCAUUCGUCACCAUCGACAACAUCGGAAUCCUGUACAUCCUGAAGCAGGUGGAGGGAGGGCAGCUCUAGAAUGGCGACACAACUCCAGAGCCGACAUCAAGAUCACACCAAACGACAAACUUUAACCAUUCCGAACUGUUUUCUAUGCUUUAUUGCAAAGCCUUUACAUCAGCUGUCUGUGCAUUCUGAGAGAAUAGCAUCAUCAGCCUUUGUAGUGCUCUAGUUUCAGUGUUGGGGCUUAUUUGGACGAAAGGUUUUAUACGUCUUUGUUUAUUGUCAUAUUCUAGCACCAUGUCGGUUAUGAACUUACGAAAAUGACCUGCCUUACCUGCGUUAUAUUGCCUUGAGAAAGUGAAUCAUUGCUUUUCUAGGACAAUCGGUGUCUUUGGUGUUCUAAUCUGAAACGUGUGCGCUAUGACCCACAUUAACAAAAGCCUCCCUGGCAUAUUUUUAUCUUUUUUCGGAGGCUGUAAGAAGCUCUGUCUUGGCUCCUCAGUGCCUGAGCGUUUGAUCUGAAGCCUUACCAUCUCCAAAAAUAUACUACUGUGAAGAGCCUUGUCUGUUUUCUUUGAUAUGCCAGGAACAAUAUAAGAAUAGGUAAUUUAUUAAUAACCUGAAACUAAGAGACUACAUGUGAACAGUGUGCGCUCCAAUGUGAUAAUAUUUGCUUAAGCUUUAUAAUCAAAGGAUCUAGCCAGGCAUUAUUUGGGAAUAUUUGCACUAGGUCUACAUUUACCAGCAUUAUGUUGGCCGACUUUCUGUUCUCUAGCAUGAGCGAUCACAGCUAAAGCUACAUGGGAUGAAUAAUGGUUUGUAACACAAGUAUAAACUUUAAGUAAAAGAAGAGAGACUCCCAUCACCCCAGACCUAAGUCCAGAGCAGCUCAGUCAGCGAGUUUCUUUUAAAGGACCUGACUGUAAUGCAAAAGAUGGCGCAGAGUGGCCUUGGCUGGACAUGCAGAAGUCUACAUGCAUGUCUUCACUGACAAUUCAGAAAAGAUUGGCUUACUGCUGAACAGCUCCCCAAGGUGCUGCUGGCAAGCACACACAAGUGCAGAAGUACAGUAGCAGCAAUAGAUGAAUAACAGUUUUUUCUGGCUCAUGUCAGGCAUUAUUAUUAAAUUAAAGGGGUGAUGCUUUUUGGUCAAACUAUCCUGUUUACUUUCCCAUGCUGUGUGCUACCUAUUAGCGAAAGAUUAACCACCUGUUUCAAGCAUGAAUUAGUUCAUUUCUCUUUGCCAUUUCCCCUCGGGGGGUUUCCCCAAUGCUGUCUUACUUUAAUGGCUCAAGUGAAAUGUGUUAGAUGAGCACUCAGAGGGGUGUCGACUUCAGCAGCGGAACUUACAAAUCAUCGCAUUUCCCUUUGCAAACCUGAAAUGGUGGAGAAAGCUGUUUGUAAGCCUUAGCAAUAAAAUACUGUUGAUUUGCUUUGUUCAUACUAAGUUUCAGGUAGCAGACUUCAUCUGUUACGCAUGACUGCUCAAACAACUUUACUAGCUUGUUAGUUAGGCUACACAGCCAGCAACAACAAAAUUAAGCCAAUAAAGGCAACAAACAAUAAAUGCAAUAAUUUUUCGAAACCAAGGCUUACAACCAGACUGUUCAGUUUUCUAUACAUUACAUGCAAAGCUUAUAAUGGCAAGCUAAUUAGCUCAGCGAGUCUGUCCUAGCCGAGAGCAGGUGUGUUCUGCUCCUUAAUGUCCCCUCCUUGGGGGAGUGAUGUCUAGUGAUGAAGUUGGCGAGGACGUUAAAAAACAUUGAAAUGGUGCCUAAGAAAAUGUCAAAUUCAGAUAAAUGCGUGAUCUUAUUUGCUCAAGGAUGUUCCUAAUAUGGUGCUGGCCUCUGAAUUCAGACUGAUCUUUGUGAUGGUUCUCUCUGUGAAAAUGGGGAAAAAAAAAUCCAAAUUUGUUUUUGAUAUUUCCCUAUGGUACCGGAAGCCUUUACAGUACAGAUCUGUGUUUCUGCUUGUUAUGAAAUGAAAGAGUCUUCUCAGGUGAAACUGUUUCCACCGUUUGUGUUUUGCAUGGCAAUCACAUAGUUAACAACACAACUGUUGACAUUUAAAUAAAACUGUUGGGUACGUUUUAA